AUGGCCCUCAGCAUCGCCAACCCGGCCGAGCCAUCGCCAAAGACAUCGGCAUCACCUCCUCCUUUGUCGACAUCCGUCUCGUCAUCAGCAGUGCGGUCGCCGUCACCACAGCCGCCUCCUGCAAGCCCUCUCACCCCUCCUGCCCAACCAGCCAAGCUCGCGACCACGACCCAACCAGUGCCCAUACAACAGUCGCAGCCACCUCAGUUUAUACAGCAGCCACCUUCGCUGCCCUUUUCCAGUCAUGACUCAAGCGAUGCCAUAGCCUUGCGCGCCGCCAUCUCUUCUCUCCAAUUCCAGCGCCUCCAGGCUCAGCGAGACUUGCGCACUCUUGAGGACAUUAAGCGUCAGGCUGUCGAGCGACCAGAGGAAUAUCGCAAACAUGUGAUCGCUACCGCUCAGGCUAAACCCUCACCUCCACCAUGGGCUGUUGAAGACUCUCCAGACCAGGACAUGGAAGAUGACGACGAUGCUGUUCUCGGCGCUUCCAGCACGAACGGACGAGAUCCGCUUCACUCGCAACCCGAGUCUACGACCAAGCCAUAUCCAGUCUCAUACGGAUCCAUGCUGCAUUCACAAACAGCAAAGGACAAUUCGCAGUCUUCUGGCUUUGCUGCGAUUCCUUUGCCGCAAGAUAUUGUCCGGUGUCCUCCUAUUGAAUGGUCCAAAUACAAUAUCGUUGGCGAAUCUUUGGACAAGCUUCACCGUGACCAACAAGCACGGCCAGGAGACGCUGAUAUAUCUCAGCGCGAUAGUGUUGUCGCUGCUCCUUACAAUCCCUUCCUGGACAAGCUAGAUUCACGGCCAGUGCUGGAAACUACCCCUUCAACCAGAAAGGACAGUGGUUCCUCCGCUUCUGAUCAGCACGCACAACGAAGACCUAGCAAGCCUUCCAUGUGA